AUGACGGAAACGGUUGUACAUCAGAAUCCGGCAGUUGUUACAGUUGCUUCACCAGUACAUACCCCAUGGAAUGUUGAUACCCAAACGGCAGUUUCCGAAACCUUAUCCACUUCCUUAGAAAGGAGACAUACGUCGAUUAAUGACUUUCCUGAUAGUGUAUCGAUAAGCUUGCUUCAAAGUGAAUCGCGACGAAUGUUGUUCAAUCAGAACGUAUCAUCCUCUUUAAUUCAUGCUGGAAGCACUAAUCCUUUUGAAACUAGUGGCAACAUCAGGGAAGAAUUUGCUAGUUCUUCGGAUGAUUAUCUGUCGGAUAAAGCUGAAGUUGUAUUUAGGGGGGACACUGCUCCGUCACAAGGAACAUCUCCUGGCAUUAAAUGGAAAGCUUUGAAUAAUUCAGAUGAGGAAACAAGCGAUGGUUCUGAUGAAGUUGAUGGUGAUACAGAUGAUGAUGGUGAUAACGAUAAAGCUGGAAUGUCGGACACGGAAACGAAAAAUCUUCUAGAAGAUGCCAUUGAAGACGAAGAAGAAUCUGAUUUGGAAGACAGUAAAACAUUGAGCAGUGACAUAGGCCGUACGUCGAAACCAGUUCAGGAUAAAACUUCCUCAGAAUCGUUGGCAGAUUCAUUGUAUGGGAUGUCCGAAGAACAAAAAACUUACUACGCAAAGUGUUUUGAUCACCUAAUGAAAAAAACUGCUGGAUAUAGUGAUAUAAGUGGUGCCAUUUGUGGUGCAAACGAACACGUUGUUCAGUUUUUCAAGCGAAGCGGUUUAGAUCGUGAAAAACUAUCCAAAAUUUGGAGUUUAAGUGAUGUAAACGGAGAUGGCUACUUGGAUUUGAAUGAAUUCUCAGCCGCUAUGCAUCUUAUUGUUCUGCAUAUCAAGGGUCACAUUCCAAUUCCAGAUGUUAUUCCAUUUGAAAUUAGUCCUCCAGUUAUGCCACGUCGAGAUGUCCCACAAUUAAUUUCUGAUGAUGGUAAUAGCAGACAAGGGGCAGAAACACAAGCAGCCAAUAUCAUGCAGGAUUGGAAACAGUUCGAUUACGAUGACGUUAUAGCAGGGGUAACACUUGGACAUUGUCCACAACAAUACCAUUCCUUCAGUGAUCAGCAUCUUCAUGUUCAAUCUGAAAAUCAAGAUUAUCCUGAAAGACUGAGUACUUUCUCGGAUGUUCCACCACUUCUUGUCGAUGUACGUCCUACAGCACUAAAAGCCACACAACCUCUAAUUUCUGCGAUUACGGCCAAAACUGUGUCUUCUUCUAAUGUUCAGUUCAAUGAUGCUGCAAAUUUUGCAUUAAGCUCACAAGGACCCAAAGGACCUCCACCGAAACCACCUCCAAGGCCUGCAAGCAAAGGACAUGGACGCAGUGCCAGCCUAGAUUUGAAUAAUUUUCAAAAUUUCGCUCUAACACCUGGGUUAAGACUGAAUAUGGCAGCGGAAACAUCACAGCGGGGCGCUACUCUGCCUGCUCAAGGAUCAUUACGUCAUCCAUGCAGUUCUGUGCCUUCUGAUACCUUGCAUUUUACGAUAGCAACAGAAUGUCAAGAUCCCAGUUCUUCACUUCGGCAUCCUCCUGCUCCACCGUUACCACCACGAUCAACAUUUGUCGAUAUUAGCGUACAAACGGAAGACAUUAUAUCAUCACGAAGCUUUAAUGAUGGACGCGAACUUAUCGAGCUCAAUAUCGAUAUGGAAAAGCGUAUCGAGGAAUUGUUGGCAGAGGAAGGUAAUGCAAGUGCAAGUAAUAGUUGUAAUACUAACACAUGUAAUGGCGCGACGACAAGUACUCAAUCAUCAACCGGACAGGUGAAUUGGCAAGUUCGAUGUGAUCACUUACGUUUAUUAAACAGUCAUUUAGAAGCAGAACGGGCUAAAUUAGCGCAAAUUAGGUUGCAGCUUGAAUUGAGGCUUCAGGAAGCAACUGGUAAUCAUCCAUCGAUGAAGCCAACUUCACUUUAA